CCGGACAUCAACAGAUAAUGCGAUUGGUUGAUAGUCGCCAGAAUAUCCAAAAUGGCUGAGGAUUUCUAGCAAGUAGACCGCGUCCGCUCGGUUUAAUUAAAGACGACAGUGGCCAUGGAAACAAAUAUUAAAAAAAAGAAGAUUGAUCACCUUGUCAUGCAUUCUUCUCAUGCAUGAGAAAAAUCACAUCAGUAAGUGGCAUUAAAAUGCCGAGAAAUGCUGCAUCUGGCAUUAACAUGGCAAGUCCUGUUGGUGAGUCCGAAGCGGGAAGCAGCACUUUGCACAGGCUACGAUCAGGGCGGUCACAGAUUCAUUCAUUUGUGAGGUUUGUGAAUCUUACUCUGCGUAAAGUUGACAUCGUGUGGCUCAACUAUGAAGGUGCACGUGUGCGCUAUAAGACACUUCAUCCAGGGCAGUUUGUUGAUGUCAACACUUUUGUGGGACAUCCAUGGAUUUUUCGAGAUGCUGAUACAGGGGACCGACUGAUGGUACAGUUGAAGGAAGUUUAUGAGCCCAUAGGCUACAAUAUUGCUCAAGGAUGGCCUCCUCAGCGACGUAUUGUUAAUAUUACCAUUCCAGUCUAUACACUUCAAGAGCGAUGUCUGCAGGUGUUGAGGGACAUUGUACCAGCUAACAUGAUCAACAGACUGGACCUUCCUAGUGCUUUAAAGCAGGAGAUGAUGGAGUACUCAGCCAUUAAGACUCGUCAUUAUUCUUCAUGUACUUGAUAUGAUGUUGGCAGUUAAAGUGCAAAGAUCUGCUUCAGUCAUUGUGUCAUAUGAGCUUACAGUACUUUCUGUCCACCAGAAUGUCAGUGCUGUGUGUAGGCUGAACACAGCUCACAAUACUUUUUCUCUACCAUGAAUGUCAGUGAUGUGUGUAGGCGGAACACAGUCAUGAAUGGGGGGGUGUGUACUUGUUUGGGCUUGCAUGUGUAUGUGUUACAAGUGUUUUUGCUUCAUGAUUUGUCUCUGUGUCAGUUUUUGAAGUGUACAUAGGAAUUAAACAGCAUUAUCCAAGAAAAGGAUAUAUUAUGGUGAUUUAUUUGCUUGGUCAGUGAUGUGAUAGAAAUUUUUUUUCUGUUUAAUCCAAAAUUCCCCUGAGGCUUACAAUUACACUGUUUUCUGUCAGCAUACUAAAAUCACCUCUCCCACAUAAAAGAUUUUUUUUUUGUCUAUAAUUUAGAGCGUAAUUUGCUUCUGUUGUAAAAGUAUGGCAUUAAAAUAAUGUAUGUAGCAAUGUUGGGGUAGUACGAAAAUACCAAUUACAGUAUUUAAAGACCACCUCUUCAUUGAUAUGCUGUCGGUUACAAGUAAAAUACUAAACAAGUUGUAAUGUUAUGUUAUGACAUAUGCACGUACAUUUACACAUGCAUGGAUGCACAUACAAGUUCAGUUGGGGAUGUGUGCACUCUAGCUGGAUACUCUAACAGAUAGAAUUUUUAUGUACCACCAAAUGUCAAAAAAAAAAGUCAGCAUAGAACACAUGAUGCAUGUUUGUUGGCAAUCUGUACCUAAGAAUUGUUAUUGAAGAUAUUUCAUACAUAGGGUGGUCUAUGAGGCCAAUUAUAAAAAUAUCGUGAUGUGUUCUGCAAUAUUAUUUUGUUACUAAAUCUUUUGCUCAAAAAAAUAUAGUGUUUCUAGUAUUCUCCUACACUGUACAUCUGUGUGAUUCCUAAACAAAUCUUCAUGCAAUAAUGGUACAGUAAAAGGAAGUUUAAUAACCCAUAGUCUAUUAUACUGCUCAAGGUAGCUUCUUCAGAGAUGCAUUGUUAAUAUUACAAUUCCCGGUGAAUGUUAUGAUAAUGAGUUUGUAAUGUGCAUCACUGAUAAACAUAAGUUUUAAGUCAAGGAAGUUUAUGGCCUUAGAUAAAUCAUUUGAUCAAGAAAGAAAAAUGGAAUUUGAAACACAUGCCAUAAUUCCCACAUGAAACAUAGACUGGCCAGCUUUGGCGCUUCCAGAAUUUUGCUCUGCUUCUUUAUGACCUGUUUGUUUUCAACUUCCAGUGGCAUUAGUGGUAACUAUAUUUUUGUUACAACAGAAUUUCUAAUCAAAUGUACAUAUUGUAUUCCUGAAACAGGAUUUUGGAUUAGAGAAGUUACUAUAACUUGCUUGUGUAUGCUGUCCCAGGUUUAUAAGAAGUUUGUGUAAACAUUUUCUGACACGUUCAUACUUGAAAAGUGCCUGUGGUCUUCCCAUACUGUAGCAGCUUUUAUUGUUGUCAACAAAUCAGUUGUAAUAAUUAUAACAGCUUUAAAUAUGAUUAAUUCUGCCAGACUUUGUAAUCAAGCUGUGAUCUUCUCAUUAACUGUGUAUUAUGUUUUUCUCCCUGUGUCUAUGCCUAUACGGUUAUUUUAAGAAGUGUUUUUGGAUUAUUUUAUCUCUCUUCCCUUUGACAUCAUUGACUUUAAUUUAUAAGUAUCAAGCUAUAUUUUAACCGUCACUUCACUCUGGUGAAAAUCAUUAAACAAUUUACGUAUUCUGAA